CGCACAUUGAUGACGUCCUACAGAGGCCGUGCUGGCUUGCCACGUCGGUCUCUGUGAAAUGCAUUUACACAGUUGUUCUUCGCAGGUUUGUGCUGAACUUUUUGGGAAAAAGAGGCGUUUUCAUCCUAACGCAGACUAACCGAGCACCGCACCCGCUUCUUCGGAACCACCGUACUCCAUCUCCACGGAGCUGCAUUUGGUCGCGUUGGAGUAAAAAAAAAAAAGAGAGGAGGAAUGCUCGGUUUCGUUUGGACUCGUCCGGCUGGAAGCCACACAAGUGACUGAUGCAUCCUCGUUCACUUCACCCUCCCGUAUGUCGUUGGCCUCAGCGUGUAUGGUCGCUCAUUAAGGAGCAAGGGGGAGUCCCAGCGUCCGAGGUUGCCACGGUAACCGGCGACCAUGCCAGGGGGUCGCAGGGGUCCCAGCAGACAGCAGUUGAGCCGCUCUGCCCUGCCCUCCCUGCAAACUCUUGUUGGAGGCAACCUGGGCAAUGGUACUGGCCUCAGAAACAGGAACAGUAGCUCCUUGGGACUGUCUGCACCACCUAUCUCAGCCGUAGUAACGCCAGAGCCCGUCCGCCACUCGAAGAUUCCUCUGCUGCCAUUGGACAGCAGCCUGUUGUUUGAGUUCCUGCUCUUUCUCUAUCUACUGGUGGCCUUGUUUGUCCAGUAUGUCAACAUCUACAGGACAGUUUGGUGGUACCCAUACAGCCAGCCACCCACCUCUACCUCACUCAGCUUCCAUCUAAUGGAUUACCACCUGGCUAUCUUCAUCACAGUCAUGCUGGCCAGGAGACUUGUUUGGACAAUAGUUUCAGAGCUAUCUCAGAGCAGCAGGGGAUCGCCGCUCUGCUAUUUGGUUUUGAUUGCAGCAAGACUGUGUCUGCUCACCAUCUGUUGUUGGGUGCUGUGCUGGACGCUGGUCAACCUUUGCAAGAACCACUCUGUUCUCAACCUCCUCUUCCUGGGAUACCCGUUUGGUGUGUAUGUCCCGCUCUGCUGUUUCCACCAGGAAGGACCGAAGAGCCAAACGUCAACAGCCGACUGCGACUACCCAUCCGAGCACCAGCAAGCGGACCUAUCGGACGCUCCCCUCUUUCGACCCCGGGAUUUCCUCUUCUUGUUACGAGAAAACCUCAGAGAACAGUUUUCCACACCGCAGCACAUGCCCACGCACACCUGCCCGCCGCACACGCACAUUCACACGCCUGAGCUGAUUCGAUCCGAGGUGGAGGAGCUCAAGAGCGACUUUAAUCGGCGGAUUAAGGAAGUGCUGUUCAACUCGCUGUUCAGUGCUUAUUAUGUUGCCUUCUUGCCUCUCUGCUUUGUGAGGAGCACCCAAUACUAUGACAUGCGCUGGUCUUGUGAGCAUCUAAUCAUGGUGUGGAUCAAUGCCUUUGUGAUGCUGAUGAGUCAGCUGCUGCCCCCGAACUACUGUGACCUGCUUCAUCGCUCUGCGGCCCACCUGGGCCGAUGGCAGAAGCUGGAACACGGAUCCUACAGCAACACACCUCAGCAUUUAUGGUCAGAGCAGACGGUUUGGCCUCAAGGGGUGUUGGUACGACACAGCCGCUGUCUGUAUAAAGCAAUUGGACCGUAUAAUGUUGCUUUGCCCUCCGAUGUUUCGCAUGCAAGAUUUUAUUUUCUCUUCCACAAGCCAUUGCGGAUCCUGAACCUGCUUAUUUGGAUCGAGACCAGCGUGGUUCUGUAUCAGUUGUACUCGCUGUUCCUCUCUGAGCGCUGGAACCACACUCUCUCUCUGGGCCUGAUUCUUUUCUGCAACUACUAUGUCCUUUUCAAGCUGCUCAGAGACCGCAUAGUGCUGGGCAAAGCCUACUCCUACCCUCUAACCGGUAGUUUGGGCUUAAAGUCGCAGUAAAAGACAUCCUCGACGUCCAUCGCGUGUGUGAGGUGGGUUAAGAUUGGGAGACCAGAGGGGGUGUUCGGCGCUCACAAUUGGAGGGUAAGGGACAGAAAAACAAACUCCUAAUCGUCUUUUGAUAUGGUUAUAUUUUUAAUGCAAUGUUUAUAUAAGCCUAUUUAAAAGAAUAUUUUAUUUUGUAUACUAUUUCAAGUUACGCCGGGCAUUACCACGCUGACCACAUUAGCAUGUCGCGUUAUGUUGUCGCAAAAAGGGGGAGGAGUUUCACCAAAGAUGUCAAAGUGGCCACGCAGCCACAUGGCCUCGCCCCGAUUGGCCUGAACUUCUAACCCUCAAACCACAAACAAUAUUGGAUGACAAAAGAUGCAGCCCUUUUCAAGGAAAAGUCCCGGCGUUGUUUUCUGCCGAUAAUCAAUUCGCUUUAAAUCGUCAUCAACUACUGAGCAGCAGUCAGCAACAGCCACUUAGCACUGCGACGAGAGCGUUUUCGAAGGGUACGGGCAGUUGCUGGGUAACCGGCAGAGUGUUUAUUUUUCGUCUCCAGUGUGGAUAGACAGUGUUGGUGCCAAUUUACAUUACCCUCAAAAAGUUGAGUUUCCAGGUGAAAGGUUAGAAUUAACCUAAAAUGCACUAUAACCUUUUCUGAUCAACUUUGGCCUGCUUUUAAUUAUUGAGUUCACAUGUAUACUUGUUCAAAUUUGAAUACUUUCUCCACAGCUUGCUGUGUUCUAACAAGUGUUGCACAGCAAAAUUGACACUGUGUUUUCCCAAGGGCUUCUACGUCUAUACCUCUCUGUGAUUCCUCCAGUCUCUUUAGCAGUUCCAACCUGCUGACUGACACACUCAGGUCAGUGGCCACUUCCCUCUCAGAUCUUGUUUGAUCAACGGGGUGUGAUAUUGAUGUCAUGACAUGAACUGCGUGAAAAGGACUAUUUACCAAUUUAAAGUGAACCAGGAAAUCAAAUUGUGGAUCAAACACCUGUUGUGAAUUUUGCCGUUCAGCUCCAUGUUAGGCCCACUGACAGUCAUGCUAACAUUUUUGCGACCGAAAUAACGUUUAAACGUGCCGACAUGCAGCCAGCCGGCGUCAGGCCAUACCAAUAAGGUAUUGACAGUCUCACUAGCAUCAAACAGGAUCUCCAAAACCGUCAAGUUUCAGGAGAACAAAAAACAGCUUGCAUUUUCAAAGAGAAACAGACAUUUUCAACACAUCAGACUGGUUAGUAAUGUUUUAAAAAUAAGGCCCACGCGGCAAGGCAACAAUAGGAUCGAUUUGUAGAAAAAGUAUGAAAUUGAAGUUUGGCUGUCUCUCCGCCUGAUUGUGACAAUAUAAAAAUUGUUUUAAAAUAAUACUUAACACUAUUUACAAUCUGGAAUACACCUGUGUGUGAGAGACUGGCCAAAAUGCAGUUAAUGGUGCUUUUAUUGCUAAAAAGCAACAUACACACACACCAUGAUUUCUUGCCAAUAGACAUUGAACAGGCUGAAAUGUGCAUUCAAAAAUUUCGAGUUUACGUUCACCUCCAAAGGUUAUAGUGCAUUUUCAGUUGAACCUGAACAUUUUGUGAGUAGUACGUGCUAAGAUGCCUUAGUUUUAUCGUCCCAUCAAGAGAGAUUUUGCUACUCAAGACCUUUUGGUACUUCUCACUGCGCCGACAAAACCUGCAUGCUCCUCCUCAUUUAAUCUGCGCCUGUGUUACGUAUUCUUUUGGGCUUCCGGAGUGGACAUGCGCUUGUUUGUCAUCAGGGGCCGUGACCACCCCCCACGCCCCUCUUCACCCAUGGCAUGCAAGCCUCACAGCUGCGCUGUUUUUCCUUCUUUUGGCCUGAAGUUGUUGCUACAUCUCUUAAAUUCACCUGCCAUCGGCUUCUGAAUUGCUUUCCAAAUCGGCCCCAUGUUUGUAAGAACAAGAUUGACGAAAAUAAAACCUCAUUUUCUAUUUUGAAUGUCA